AUGGACUCAUUCUCGUCGCCUUCAAGUGGACCAUCUCCGAAUUUCUCCUCGGAUGAUUUUAAGGACCAGCUUAGAAUUCAGAUUGCUCAGGCUCACGCUGAAGAAUUUCUCGAGUCAUUCUGUUCGGAGUUACUUAUAGAUGAAUAUUUACUAACAGAUGUUGUGAUUGAUGUAAUUGACAUAAGUGCUGCGUGGGUUGUGAUUCGGAAUAUGUCUACCAAAACUGUGAGAGGAAAGUGCUUUGACAAAUGUAUAACUAAACCAGGAAGUAGCCUUAGUGGGAGUGAGAGCAGUUGUAUCUCGAGGUGCAUAGAGCGUUACAUGGAAGCUUCUGGAAUCAUUGCCAAAGCCCUCUUCAAGCAACAUUGA